GCAGCUUCCGCUUCGUUCGUACGGCGGUGCUCGGCAAACUUCGAGUCGGUGUAUAGGAUGAGUUGGUGGGGGUAACCUGAAUCGCGUAUAGAGCAAUAGACAAGGACAGAGAGAGAGAAAGCAAGAUAGAAAUCAGACCAGGACGGUGCAGAGAGCGGAGACCAGCGUGUCUCCUCUCGUGCAUGCGUUUCGCUGUGUGGCACGGUAUGUGUGCGGCCGCAACACACGGAUAGUCAGAAGGACGUAUGCGUGGCGCGGUGAGAAACGUGUUACGAACAGUGACAGACAAGAUGGCGGUGUGCCUUGUGCGGUGGUAGUAACGGUGGUGCUUAGAGCACGUUAAAAAAAAAAAAAACAUAGUGGUACAAAAGAGAUUGGUAAAGGGUUGGCAGCUGGAUAGCGUAGUAUGGAGCCAGCUCUUACAUCGACCACGAGACGUCGCGGUCAUCAGCAUCAUCCGCGACACGCUACGCGCCGACGUCUCGACGCCUCCAGCAGAGGACCCGCGCAGUGUGGCCCUGCUGAUAUCGUUAAAGAGACGGCGAUCCCUAACAACGAGCAACCAACUACUGCAACGUCACCGAGACUCGAGGAAAAGAGUAAUGUCAUUGAUACGGAUUGUUCCCAGGCGGUGACAAUACCCACGAUCGUCGGUGCGAGGUGGCUACGCGAUCCGACGGCAACGAUACCCGCUAAAGAUGCAACCACCAACGAAGACGCGAACAAUUUAAAGAAUAAUCUCGAGAACGAUGAGAGAGACGAGGACGUCCGACAGAGGCUCGCGCAGUGUAGCCUGGACGUACUCGACGAACGACGCGAACAGUCCGUUCGUGAAAGAAACGAAAAGGAGAGCUGUGACAGCUACGAGAUCAAACCGUCGGACAAGCCUCGAUCGAGAGCACGUGGGAAGAAAAUAUGCGGAGACGAAUCUAUCGUUAUUAGAAGUAAAGAAACUUCACCGGAGCCUGAGCACGCGGUCGCGAGGGCUCGUGGUGACGGCAACUCCGACGACGAGUCGACGAACGUCGAGGAGGAUCCGGAACUUGCUGAACUUGCUAAGUUGAGAUGUCCAAGCGAACGGGCCGAGGUACAGGCCGAAAGAGAAAGACGAAAACGAAGAUGCGCCGAUUAUCCCGGAUUGGCCUUUGGAUGUUCCAUAUUCUCCAGCGACACGAUGAUGAAAUUCAGUCUGAUAAGGAACGAAUUGCAGAAUAUCAUGGGGAACCAGUUGAAACGGGCUGAGUCCGAAGUAGCCGCUCUGAAUCGUCGUAUCCAAUUGUUGGAGGAGGAUCUCGAGAGAUCCGAGGAACGCCUGGCUACUGCCACUGCUAAAUUAGCAGAGGCGUCGCAGGCUGCGGAUGAGAGCGAACGAGCCCGCAAGAUUCUCGAGAAUCGCAGCUUGGCCGAUGAAGAGCGCAUGGACGCCCUCGAAAAUCAGCUGAAGGAGGCCAGGUUCCUCGCUGAAGAAGCUGACAAGAAAUACGAUGAGGUCGCCCGUAAAUUGGCCAUGGUUGAGGCCGAUCUAGAACGUGCUGAAGAGCGUGCCGAGGCCGGAGAGUCGAAGAUCGUCGAACUUGAAGAGGAACUGCGCGUGGUUGGCAACAACUUGAAGUCCCUCGAGGUCUCUGAGGAGAAGGCGACGCAAAGAGAGGAGACUUUCGUGGGACAGGUGAAGAUUCUGGAUAGUCAAUUGAAAGAGGCCGAAGCUCGCGCUGAGUUCGCGGAGAGAUCCGUGCAGAAAUUGCAGAAGGAGGUCGACAGGCUCGAAGACGUGGUGGUAAACGAGCGCUGUAAGUACAAAGCGAUCGCCGACGAGAUGGAUCAGACGUUCGCCGACCUGGCCGGAUAUUAGCAGCCACGUACACGCGUAUAAACAUAUUAUAUGUUAUUUAAACCGAGAAAUGAAAGAAAAACAAAGGACAGAUCACGCUACGUUAAGAGACACUGCCAGCACGCAGACCCUUCAUCGCACGACGCCCGAAACGAAGAGCAUUGGUUUUCUCGAUCAGGACGAAGAGGAUGCGACGCCAGGCGUCUCCUCUGCGACACCUACACAGCGUCAAACGCUCGAUGGAUAUUCGAAGUAGUCUGUUUCAUAGAUUUUUCUAUUAAUUUCAUUAUUUUCUACCUUUCCUUUGAAAUUCUUCUAUCUAGCCAAAUAAUCAGGAAACGAAGAAAAAGGAAAUCCUGACUAUCAUUGAAUUAACAAUGGCAAUUUGAAAUGAUGAAUUGAGACAUUGAUCCUUGGUACGGCCAUCUCUGCUGUGACACUUUAGUAAGAUUAUGGUAAUUUUUAUAUUAAUUUCUAUUUAAAGAGACGAGAGAGAAGAAAGAGGAAUUGAUUGAGAUAACGUAAGAAAUAGAAAAUUUAAAUAGCAGGACGUAGAUUUGAGUCCGAUAGUUUGCGCAAAAUUUGUAAUAAUUAAGGCUAUUUUCAAGGCCUUUCUUUUCUAGCUCUCUGUUUUAUAGAUCUUUAUCAAUUUUUAGAUUUAUCGUAUACAGGUUUUGGACAAAUCCAACCAGUUACAUUCCCCAAAAAAAAAGAAAAAUUCAUUUUGUUUCGAGCUUCCAGAUAAUUAAGAACAAGAUUGCGACUAGUUUUUUUUUUACUAUUUAUAUUAUAUAUUCUACAUAUGUUUUUUAAGGAGGUAUGAUUUAACAAAAUUUAGAAUUAUUCUGUUCUUCCUAUGAUUCAUAAAAUUCAUGGUAUCAUUCCAUACAUAUUUUUCAUUAGGUUCAAAUCUAAUUAUCUAAUUAACUUCUCUUGGAUAAUUUUCACGAUCAUUCAAUUAAAUAUCGAUGCUGUAUCGCUGUGUAGGCAUAUUCUCUUCUGCAUUACAUUCCCACGUACACACAGGAUCUCUUACCUUUUGCCAAUUACCGUGAAAUUCAGCUUGUAUCGUACCUGCUCAUCACCCAAAAAGGCUUUCCUUUGUGCCAAUGAAUCCACAAUCUCAACGUAUUUGAACAGACACUCGCGUAGAGAUAAUCAACCGGUUAACACUCCACCAAACGAUAUACGAAAAAAUAUUUAGCAAAUUUUUUAAGGAUAUAUUUCCUUUGUCAGACGUGCAAAUGAUAGCCAAAUCGCUAGAGUAUUGAUAAAGAAUAAAAGUCUGACGAUUGUUCAUCGAAAUUCGAUAGAAAAUCGAGAACAGCCGCUUCGAGCAUUUAUUGCAAAUGAAAUUAAAGAAAUUUUUUAGCAAGAAUCUUGUAAAUUUAUAAUACAUUCCAAAGUUCAGGGGAACAAAUGUUUCGCUAUUUAGAUAGAUAACGAGGUCCAUAGAUGAAAUUUUAAUCUAAUUUCGCGCAUUAUUGCCGGAACUGUUUCGUUGCUUUUGUGUCUCGUAAUGUUGCAAGACUGCUACGUGUUUCGAAUAGCUUUUGUAUGGAGUGUUGUUUCGCUUUUUGAGAAAUUCGUACAAUUUUGUGAGUGAUUGAAAUUACGUUAAACGCUAGAAUAUCGACGCGAUAUCUUCUGAUUUUGCUUUUGAAUAAAUUUAGAAGCUUUUCAUUUUCACCCCGAUAAUAAAUUUGCAAUGUAACAAUACGUGUUCCUUUGCAAUAAUAUCGUGAGAGAAAUCCCAGCAGUUGAGGGACGAUGAGGUAAAGAAAAUGAUAGAAAAUUGCUAAGAUUAGGAACGGCACGUAGUGUUGAAAUUUUCCAGAAAGAAAAUUAAUCACGAGAUACUUCGUGUCAGAGUUGGGCAUUAUUAGCGUGGAUUUUUCCAAGAUUCUCAAAUUCGAUUCUGUGUAUCAUUGCAUGAAUUUUCGUACAGAAUUCAUUAAACCUUGUGCUGGUCCUAUGUAUUAAUUAAAUAAAUAAUGGAAGAAAUUUUCAAACGUCGACAGAAAUUUUGCCCAAGUCUGUUUAAUAUGGACCCAAAUGAAAAAUUUGCAUUUAACAGUCGCGAUAUCGGUCUUUUAAAACCAUUAUCCUUUUACUGUACUUAUGUCACUCAAUAAAUGUGCAUUUUUUAUA